AUGUCAACUUCACCAGAUCAUAAAUCCAUUUCUAGAAAACCAGAAUUUCUUGAAAGGUAUUAUAUAUGUAGAGGUUCACAGAAAUUUUAUAGUAAUUUUAAUAUAACUAUUCAAUACAAUCAAAAUGAUAGAAUAACAGAGCAUAAUUUAUCAAAUGCUUUAAGAUCAUUAAUUUUAAAAAAUAGUUGGUUUUUACAAAAUUUUUUCCAAAUUGAUGGAACUGAUAGUUUUGCCGCAAAUUGGAAUAAUUGGGAAUUAAAAUAUCUUGAAGAAAUAAAAUUUGAAAAUGUUGUUAGUUUUCAAAAAAUUGAAAGUUUUAAUGAAUCAAUUUUUAAAUAUUUAGAUGGUUUAUCAUUAAAUUUUAAUACUGAAGAAACUUUAUGGAAAAUUAUUGUGUUUGAAACUAAUGAUAAUGAACAAUUUAUGACUGUUUAUGUUGAUCAUUCAAUGUUUGAUGGAUUAUCUGCUGUUCAAUUUAUGAAAGAUUUAUCAAAAGAAUUAUCAUUAAUUGGAGAUGAUACAAAGAAAGUGGUAGAAGUUUUAUUCAAUUUAGAAGAAGAUUUUAAAUAUCUACCUUCAAAACCAAUUAUUGCUUCUGAAAUAAUAACAGAUUUAUAUAUUCCAUCAUAUGGUAAAAUUAUAAAUCAUUAUUUAAAUGAAUAUAUACCUGGUUAUUCCAAGGCAUUAAAUUAUUUAUAUCCUAAAAAUAUAAAUCCUCCGAUCUUUUAUAAUCCAAAACCAGUUGAAAAAGAUUUAACAUCAAAUUAUAAAAUUUUGAAAAUUUCAUCAAUUCAUAUGUCUAAUAUUGCAAAAUUUUGUAAAAAGGAAGAAGUCACAAUUACUUCAUAUAUUGAUAUAAUGUUUAUUAAGGCAUUACAAGAAUCAAUUUUCAAAUCAAUUAAUCCAACUAGUCCGAAGUAUAGUAUAAAUUCAUUUAUUGCAAUAAAUGGUCGAAGAUAUUAUGGAAAUGAUAUAAAGAAUUUUAAAUUUGGUACAAUGGUAUGUGGAUCUUCCGUAAUUUCACCACCUGUUUUAAAUGAAAUAGAAUCAAUGAAAUACUUUAACCAAGAACUUAAUAAACAAUUUGAAACAAAAUCAUCAUUUAAAGAUAUUGGAAUGAUGAAAUAUAUAAAUCUUAUGGAUUAUUUUAAGAAUAAAAUUGGAAAAAUUAAUAAUAAUUCUACAUUUACAAUAUCAAAUUUAGGUAAAUUUAAAAGUAACUUAGAUUCAAACUCCAAUUUUAAUAUUAGAGAUAUUUAUUUUAGUGCAAAUGCUGGUAUAUUAUAUUCAAUUGUUUUGAAUAUCAUAUCUAAUCCCUCAGGUGAAAUGAAUAUUGUAAUUGCUUAUAAACCUGAAUUUGAAGAUUAUAAAUUUAAUGAUGGUUCAUUAGUUAUUCCUAAAUUAUUUGAAUUAUUUGAAAAAUAUGUUAUUGAUGGGGUAGACGUUUAA